GGUGGCGGCGCAGUGCGUGCGGUGGUUCGGCUGAGUGGAGUUCCAAGGAGGGGAGGGAGAAGAGGAGGAGAGGACGAAGAGAAGGCGAUGACUAUGAUGGCGAUGACGGCGAUCACAUGCACUGGGAUGAGGGCUGUUCAAGGGAGCGGGCUGUUUCCCAUCGAGCCAGCUAGAAUGGGCAAACGCCAUAGCUGGUCGACUGCUUCCAGCUCUUGUAGACACAACGGUACUGACCAUCUUUUCGCAUACCAUAACAGGCAGCCGUCAUCGUCGAGGUUUUUGUCAUGUAGGUCGUCGUUGUUGGGAGAAACAACGACACCAAAACUCCCCCUCCUGGGAUGCCUUCAUGGGCAAGCUGGGCUGUGCAGAAGUCAUGGCAGGAGGUAUUACGAUAAAAUCAGCACCAAAAUUUCCAUAUCCUUAACAGGAAGAAAGACUACGUCUACAUGUCGUCCACGAUAUCCCAUGAGGGCAACACCAGGUUCGCAGUCAACAGGUGGGUUGACAGAGAAUGGGGAAGAAAUUAUGAGCAACAAAAAGCAAGGAAAAGGUCAGCUCGGUGAUGUGAUGCUGGAGGAUGCACAACAGGCGUCUGCGCAGGCGGCGGAGGAGGAGGAGGAGAAGGAGGAGGAGGAGGAGGAGGAGGAGGAAACUGACUCAUUUGUCAAGUUCAUGUUUGAGCCAUUCCCCAGAGCAAAUGAAGAAGACGACUCUGGAGGGCUGCUGGACACUGUAUUUGAUGAAAUUGGGAAAAUAUUUUCGGGUGCGGAUGAUGAACGAAGCAAGGCUAUGCGGAACGUUGCUUUCUGGGUUGGAGCGGCGGCUGCUUUUGGCGCUCUCAUCGGUGUGGGCGAAGGGUGGAACAAGGCUUCGGAGUUUUAUGCCGGGUAGCGCCGAACCCCAACAUACCACAUGUCUGUCCAAUUUGCAAAUCGUUGUCUUUUGGAGCCCUUCCCUGCCUUUAUCCUUCUUCGCCUCCCUCUCCCCUCUCUUUCCCAUGUUGCUCUUUGUCCUCAAACCAUCCUGAAGGCCAUGUCCAGAUGUGUGGGGAAUGUGUGGAUGAUAGCCUGUAUUGCUGUGUGCUGUGAUGACAUUAAUGAUUAACAUCAUUAAUGAUUAACCUCAAUUCUUUCAAAAUUUUCUAAUGAAUUGAAAUUUGACAU